UUUAUUGUGUUAACAACUUUAGAACCAAUGUUGCAGCAUUAUUUGGGAAAAUGUAAGUCACCUCGUAUCACCAUUGACAAAAAAGAAACUGUUGUAGUUUUCGCGUUGCAUUGUGGGAGUUACAGUUUGUGCCACAUAUCCGUUUCUAUAAGGUAACUUUGUACAGUCACACUGAGCCGCGAAACAAAUCCAGCAGGCGAACUGAGCUCCUCACCUUCAGGAUGUUUUUCCUGGACUUUUAUUUCGCGUAUGGGUGUCGUUCAAUGGAUUCUAACUUCAAACACUGGAAAUAAGGCAUUUUUGGAAAACUUUUACGGCUCUCUAGCUAAUGAGGAAUAGCUAGUUUUAGCGGACCGCUGCCAAGAUUAGCCAACAGCUAACAAUCGUUUUCAAUGAUAGGACUGUAUUUUACUGCUGGGUUGUUAGAACCCAGGCCGCUUUGGACUUUUUGACAAUGGUCCAGGUCUCUACCUGCAGUUUGCGUAGACUGGGACCGCUGUAUGACUUUUAAAAGCUGCUUUGUACAGUAUGGGUAAUGAUAAGCAGAAUUUACACAGGGGGGUUGACGUGAGUGCUGUAACCAGUUAAAGGCGAUUGUCUUUAUUGAUUUAGCCGUUCCUUAGCCAAAGAACUAUAUUAGUGAUGAGAGGAAAAUCCACAACGAAGGUGUGAACCACUGCCAAUUUGCAAAUAAUGUCCGACUCGGAAAAUUCCAGCUCCUACUUUGGCUUCGAGGACCCGCAGUGGCUCUGCAUGGUCACGCUGUUCAUUGCAUCCCUGGUUACUCUGGUAGUAUAUUUCGCACAAUACUUCCAGCAUUGGAUUGUAGGGACGACACAGGCAGCAGUAGAGGACAAUGCGGCGGAGGAGGAAGGCGCUGCUCUGCUGGGAUGGGCGCUGUCACUAAAAAGCUGGAAAAGUCAAUGGAGGGGAGCUUGGUGCAAGGCUUUAAACGACGAGUCCGUGACGCGUGGGGGGGAUGUUUUGUUGAAAUUCGAAGAGGAUGGUCUCGAGGCAUCAGAACUGAUGCUCAGCAAAGUGUCCAGCUUUCAGAAGUCGGCCUCGAACAAGGCCGCUCGCUGCAGUGUGGUUGGAGAGAAGCUGCAGUUCUCUGUCAGCACCGUGUCCACGGCGGAUCCGUGUAAAUACACGGUGUCUAUAUCCCCUCUGGAGCUGCAGCUUCACCUACACAUACAGGAAGCAGAAGAUGAGGUUAAGGUGAGCUGGGAGGUCUCUCAUCUGGACACGGAGGAGCUGCGGGUGACGUCCGAUCUCGGCCAGGAGGGCACCGACCCGUACAGCACGGCCACCGUAAAGGAGCAGGUGAAAUGGCUGCUGUGUGCCACGCGUCCCUCUGUGCUCCUGAGCUGCAGGCCUGCUCAGGCCUCAGAGGUCAGGGAUGCUCAUGCAAAAGUGAUGUCACCCCCGAAGCCCCCCCGAGCCCACGACUGGAAGCUGCUUGUGAAAAACAUCCGGGUCACACUCAAUCAGGAGGAUGCUGCAGGCAGCUUGAAUCCUCUGUGUGUGCUGCAGUUAGACGACCCCUCACAGAGGUUUAACACCUCGGUUCUGAAGAACACCAACAAUCCUGCCUGGGACCAGCCCUUUAUAUUUGAAUUGAAUGGACGAUCAAAAGAGCUCAAUGUUCAGGUUGUGGACGACGGACAACCUGCAGAGAAGUCCUUACUGGGUCAGGUGUCGGUGCCUUUUGAUCUUGUGAAGAAGGAGCCCAAAGGACAGCAAACUUUUUCACUCAUGACCAAAGACGUGGUGACCGGCUCUCUCACCACCGACUUCACCUACCUGGAGCCCAGUGAGGUGAGGUCAUGGCAGACUCCCACCCCGGCCUCCAAUAAGAGGGUGGAGAUGGACCGCACGGUCAUGCCCUGUGGCACCGUGGUCACCACCAUCACAGCAGUGAAGAGCAAACCAGGACGACCCCUCCCUAUCAGCAUCGAUCCCGCCCAGAAGCCGGGCGUCAGCAAGCCUAAACUGGCUGAGCGCCGGGUUUCGGAGCAGGCGUCCAUGCUGGGGGGCAUCGUAAGCAAGGCCUUGUCCUCCUCCGACACCGAGCUGCUGAUGCUCAACGGAACCGACCCGGUGGCUGAAGCAGCCAUCAGACAGCUCCACCACUCCGCCAAGCAGAAGCUCAAGUCCCCGGUAAAGAAGAGCACCAUCAUCAUCUCAGGCAUCGCCAAAACUCCCCUUUCUCAGGACGACGAGCUGGCUCUGAUGGCGGGCUAUGCUGCGGCCAUGGACGCCUCCAUGUCUGAGAGCAGCUCGACCCAGGAUAUGACCACGGCCAUCGCAUCAGGGCCCAGCAGCCCUCCAGAUACGUCUGAGCCCCAGGAAGGUCCAGGCGGAGACGGCCGGCCGCCCGACGACUGGGAGAGCCAAACCGGAGAGGAGCUGGAGCACACUUCGCUUUCCAUGUGUGUAUCUGAGGCGAGCUGCAAGAAGAGCAGAGGAAGCUUCCUUCAGAAGAGCGCCAAGCUCUUCUUCCGGCGGCGCCACCAGCGCAAAGAACCGGGGAUGAGCCAGUCACACAAUGACCUGGUUUACCUCGAGUCUCCGGCCGGAGUGGAGCGCGCCAGCCGGACGGCCACGCUUAGCCGCAUGCUUAGCCGCAAGAAAAAGAGCAAGAGCAAAGCUAAUGGCUCUACCUCCAUAGGGGAGCCCCACCUGUGACCACCCCCCCCACACAGCCCUUCACAGUCCCCUCCACAGCUACCAUCAUCACCUCAGAAGCUGCACUGGCACGCAUCCCGGCUAACCCGCUCCCCCUGAAGCCCGUCCUGCAUACCGGGGCGCCUGCACUGUGAAAGGAAGGCUGAGCAGAUGAAAAAGGCCGUACCCCAGAAAAAAGCUGAAAUUCCUCCAAAAACAAGCAAGAAAGGUAACCCGUCCUGAGCUGGCGGCUUUUCAGAGGAUAUCGAGUUUCCUUCAUUAUUUGAUUUCAUGCAACAUUUUUGACAUCUUAAGUGCUUUUAUGACCCCGUCACGGGCAGAAGGGACUGGCAUGGGUUAUCCCUCUUUACCUCCCUGCUGUGAACCGUGCGUUUGCUGCGGUGCAUCAACAGGACCAAAGACAAAGAGCAGACUGGUGUUUGUAUGAUUUGCACAAUUUGAUGAGCUUUUGUUUAAAGUGCAAUGACGGCAGCUGCUCAUGUGAAACAGACUUUUCUUUAGUUCUUCAUGUUAGAAACAUCCUGAAAGGAAGAUCUUCUUUUCACCGCACAUCCGGCCCAAGUGACAUCAUCACACGACUACUUUGACACUAAUUUUAUUAAAUAAGUUGUUUUAAGAAAUUUUAAAUGUGUUCCAAAUAAGACUUUAUGAUAUAUUUAAUAUUGAUCUGGUGGACUCUGAGUCCUUAGACUCCUACUUUUUUUCCCCAUGUAUAAUGUUGUAGUCUUUAUCCUUGGAUCAGACUACACUAUUAAAGUGUAUCAAUAAGAGAUCAAGAAAUAUCGAACAGUUUAAGAAAAUUGGGGAUAAAAGUGGGGAUCUAAAUACUCGGAAAGCUCUUUCUAAAAACUGUCAAACACAGUUAACAUGCUAAAUGAGCUGAUGUCAUGCAGCAUUGUUCAUUAAAAUAAGUUUGCAGACUUUCAGGAAGAAGCCAGAUUAAUUGAGCUUCCUGCAGUGUUUUUUAGGCAACCAACUAUUUUCUAUUUGUCUUCCGAAGAGAUUCCUUCUGUACGUCCUGCUGUCAGCAGGCGGUUGUUCAUGUGUCAAAAGGGAACUGAGUGGACCUUUUAUCCAGGGACUGUGACACUACCUACAUUUUACAUAUACUUGUUAAAUUAAUUCAAUUUGUUCUGCCCUAGUUGUGUUUUCCCAAUUUAGCUGAAUGGAAGAAACUCUUCUCUCUGUCUUUUAAUGUUUUAUUGGUUUUAAAACUUGUAGCUUGAGAACAAAAAGCAAGGCUUUUGGAAAUAGUCUGGCUGCUUUUCUUCUCUUUUUUUAUCCAGCUAAUGAUUGUACUUUGUGUGAGCAGCUUGUUUCUGUGCCUCCUUUGAACUACUGUUUUGUAGGGAAGUUGCUCUGCUCAGUGAACCGAUGCAGUGACAGAAGUGCAAAAUCGCCUUACGGUUUCUCUGAGCAUGAUGUCACGGCUGCUCCGGACUUGGUCCUGAGGUCACAUCCUUCAUCACACAGUCCUGAGAGCUGUUGGGGUGGCUCUGAGAGACAUCUGCCAUCCUCUAGCGCAUCUAUUAUCGAGAAGCCUAUGCACGUUACAUAUCUGUUUACUGAGUGUUUACAUUAUUAGACUAUCUGAAAAGUGAGAACACUUUUUCUGCAGAAACGGUGCCGGUGACAGUGUCCUGGUACAUACGUGGUUGCACUGUAAAUCUGUCCUGAAUAUCCAAAUGGAAACACCUUCACCCUGAAGAAUGGAAGGGAAAACGGGUCUUUUGGGUCACCCUCAGCUCCGGAGCUGCUGUUACAGGCUCCACAUAGCAGCUACUGUGCUGCACUCGGUCAGGAUAAGAGCCGUAUGUGAUUAUUAAACUGCUUCCUUAUGUUAGGCAUCUGCUCUGUGCACAGAAACCGGCUGACAUAAAUGCUGCAGAAUGUCCCCGCAGGAACUGUAACUAAAACACAAGUGGAGAGAUUUCAUUCGCAGCAAUAAAUGAGUGAAUAACUGAGA